AUUUUUUAGCAUAUGAGUUAGACUACGAGUAUAAUAUCGUCACCAUGGAUACCCUUUCGGAUGAUUUGCUUGUGAGAAUCUGGUCUUAUGUUGGUGGAGGCGGAGAUGAUGGGGUGGACACCAAGAACCGGCCUAAGUUUACCAAGGUCGAAGUUGCUGCUGCCGCGCAGCAUACUCUCGUUCCAGUCUGCCAAAAAUGGAAGGAUCUGUUUGAGCAACGAACAAAAGAGAUUACGGGGCUCUUUCUCGAAUGGACCUGUGACACCCGAGUGCCAACACCAAUUGAGGCAGCAAAAAUUGCCUGGUUGCUCCAAAGGAAGAAGCAAAAUAACGUCCUUGGAUCGGUCGUUAUCACAUCCGAAAGCAGUCAUCCAAUGCUCCCACAUCAAGUUCGUCAAGUCAUGCAAGAGUGCGACACCGAUCACGUCAAAUCUGUCGAGUGGUAUGAAACAUCCUCGUCCGGAAAGCAAUCCUCCAAGAAACGUGGCGGGGCCUCCCAACAGUUUCUAGACUUGGUGGCAUCAGAAUGCCCCUCGGUGCAACAUUUGCACCUGAACCUCCCAUUGCUCUAUAUCAGAGCUGAUCAUAGACUUGUGCAAAAAUUGAGGCUUUCCUCCCUUACCACGCUUCAGUUGGUGUUUACCGAGCAACUGUGGUUUUCCUGUACGGGUACGUAUGGUGGUGAAAAUGUUCUGGCACAUCAUGUCGACGGAACCAUGAUCCAGGGCUUGCUACAAGGCUUGCCCAAUUUGCAAGAGUUGUUCUUUCACGUGCAGUGCACCAGUGGUGCGUUGGAGGAAAGAGAGCAACCACACUUUGUCAUUCGAUCCAACAACUUGCGCCUCCUAUCUCUGGAAGGCUUAGGCUGGGUAACAUGCCACUGUCCCAAACUCCAAAGGUUUCUGUAUGAUUCUGGGUCCCUCUACCGAAACACAACGGUUCUACCUGUCAUUAGUUCACAAUCACAGUUUGAUGCCUUGGAAUCGCAAAUGACUCCAGGAAGUGGCGAUAUUGGAGAUGACGGAGCCUUGACCAUGGUCACAACCAACAAUGCUCUCGCAGUUCUUGGGCUGGAGCAGGUACACCCCGAUGGAUGUGUUUGCACAGUCAAGAAUUUCCCCUACUUUUACGAGAAGGGAUAUCCAAACUAUCAAGAGUGUCUGCAGAAGGCACUGCGCCGCCGCAACCAAGUCCAUUGAUGGCUACUAGUAGCUAGGUGGUGGCAUCUUCGACUUUGGAUUGUUCCAUGUUCCUGGGCAGCAAACUCUCAGUUCCAUGACAUUCGCUGACAAGAAAAAUGCGGGCAAGAGGGUAAAGCCAGAUGGCGAGCUAGCCUCAGGGUACAUCAUGGCCACAUCCAAAACACAGGAAGUCAGUCCGAGAAGAGCAGGCAGGAAACUGUUUCAGGUUUGUUGGGACGUUGUGGUUGGGCGAACCUUUGCAGCAAUACCGCGAGGAGUGGGCGUUGAGCUUCUACAUGUAGCUAUCUUGUGCAUGAUGUGUAGGGCUUGCGAUUAUGAGUUCAUUAGCAG